GGGAAGUGAAGCAAAGUGAAGACAAGUGUAUGUAUGAAAAAAUACUGUCCAAUGAAGUACAGAGCUCUAUAAUGUUAUAGGGCUCUUGGUAUUUGUGGCACCUUUGAAAAUUAGAACACGUUAAGGUAUAAUAUACUCAAAUUGUGUUGAACCAUUGCUCUACAAAUUUUCUUCGUAACAUGGACGAAAUAAAUAUAUUGUCGGAGAGUGUAAUAAAAGAAGAAAAUGUGAAACAGGAACCUGAUGAUGAUCCUGAAGAGGAACCUUACAAUUUCACAGAAGGAGACGAGCACUGCCCCUUGAAGGGAGAAAUGAAGAUGGAAGAUGACGAAGAGCGCACACCUAAAAGAGCAAAACUGUGCACAGCUGAUUGGGUGGAGGUCGAGCGCCGCUGGCCGUAUGCGAAAGUGUGCGAGAAAAGACAGCCGAACCGCCGGCUCACGGACGCCGUUUCUGAUGCCGUCGGCCGCCCAUCCGGACGACGCCUCGCGGAGAAACUGGCGGGACAUAGCUCAACAGCAGCGCGCAGGAAACUGCCGCUCUCCUCCUUCCUCGCUCUCGCAGACGAACAGGACACCUCAUGCAGCGCUGAGGGCGCCACAGCAGACGCUGUAAACUCUCCUACUUACGGCGAGACACGCCGGCGGAUGCGCCCAGUUGCGGUGGUCAAUAGGCCCUGUGUUCCAUCCUCCCUCUAUGGCCCAAACACCCCAAAAUCAUCAGAAAGCGUAAUUAUGGCCAGUAGCCCAGCCCAAACUGUCUCCUCCGGAGGACCCUCCGUCGAACCCUGGUUGCACACCCGUGAGCACGUUAUGGCAAAUGUCACCACCAUAACGCGCCUCGACGAUGGCUCCGACUCCGAACAGGAACCCGAAAAAGCCCCGUCAGAAGAGAGUUCCACAGGUGAAGGCCAGGUCCCACUCAACGCAGAAUCACAGGAGCCUUGUGUAAUACCUAAAAAAAUCUUUCGCGCGCCGAACAAAGCAGCAAAAACUAGUGCUACAUUCCCCAUAUCGAAUAGGCUCUCAUCGCUGCCCGUAGACCCCCCCGGCACAAAGCAAGCCCGGGGAAAUAGAGGUAGAAGAGACAGAAAGUCUCCGAAGCCUCAAAUAAUACCAAUCACAAGUCAAAACCAAAAACAAAUAUGCCCAGACAGAAAAAACUCUCAAUUGGGAGUUUCUAUAUCGAAAAAGCUACUCUUCACGGCCCAGGCGGCCUCACCAGCCAUCUUAGAGGCUACUGCAAAAAAGCUCUCUACGCGCACAUCAACGCACAUGCACUAA